CGCCGUAGCCGCUCGGCUCGCGGACGCGGGGAGCUCGGGCUGAGAAGGAUCACCACUGACCUACUAAAGAGAUCUCAAACCAAAAAUAAAACCAGGAAAAAUUGCUAGACUCAAGAAGGAUGGAUCCAUGUUCAGUUGGAGUCCAGCUUCGUACCACAAAUGAGUGCCAUAAAACCUUCUAUACUCGUAACACAGGUUUCAAGACUUUGCAAGAAUUGUCAUCAAAUGACAUGCUUUUGCUUCAGCUUAGAACCGGAAUGACACUUUCUGGGAAUAACACAAUUUGCUUACAUCAUGCAAAAAUUUACAUUGGUAGAUUUGAGGAUCUGCAAAAGUCAUGUUGUGACCCAUUUAACAUACACAAAAAGCUGGCAAAGAAAAAUUUGCAUGUAAUUGACUUAGAUGAUGCCACAUUUCUGAGUGCAAAAUUUGGAAGACAACUUGUACCUGGUUGGAAGCUUUGUCCAAAAUGUACCCAAAUCAUCAAUGGAAGUGUAGAUGUUGACUCUGAAGACCGCCAGAGAAGAAAACCUGAGUCAGAUGGAAGAACUGCUAAAGCUUUGAGGUCACUGCAAUUUACAAACCCAGGGAAGCAAACAGAAUUUGCUCCAGAAACUGGUAAAAGGGAAAAAAGAAGGCUAACGAAAAAUUCAAGUAUUGGCUCAGACAGACAGGUUAUUCCAGCAAAGAGUAAGGUCUAUGACAGCCAAGGGCUCCUGAUUUUCAGUGGGAUGGACCUCUGUGACUGCCUGGAUGAGGACUGCUUAGGGUGCUUCUAUGCUUGUCCUGCCUGUGGCUCCACCAAAUGUGGAGCUGAGUGCCGCUGUGACCGCAAGUGGCUGUAUGAGCAGAUAGAGAUUGAAGGAGGAGAAAUCAUCCAUAAUAAGCAUGCUGGGUAAUUCAUGGCGUCAGACUGUGGGGUCUUAUGGUCCUCUCUCCUACUACAGUGCAGCUACAGUCUGAUGUCAGCAGACUUUGAAACAUCUCAUGUCACACCUUGGGCUUUUAAAAUUCAUCACUUAAUAGACAGUUAGAUGUUUGUAAGGAGUUGGUCAUUGAGCCUGUCUCAGCCACCUGGCAAGUAGUCUCAGCUUGUAUGGCUCCUCAAACCCAGCUUUAGUGACCAUGAUUUAGUUAAUAGUACCAAUCAUUCAAAUUCACUUUACCAGAGUAUAACUCUUAAUUGCAUGAAGGACCAGCUCACCAGUCUACAGAUCAAUAUGAAAGCCGUAGGUGUGUUUCAUGCUCAGUGACCUAUCACGUUAACUUCAACUUCAACUUCUCUGCACAUGUUAUAUAAUUCACAUACAGCCAAGUGUGCCUAUGACAUUUACAAGUCAUCAGAACAUUGGGUAGCAACAGUGAUUCCAAGAAUGAUGCUUGGAUCAGUAAAAAGUGGAGUUGUAGAUGUCACUGGUGAUGGAAGCCUGGGUGUGUCACUCUAGUAGAAACCCACAGUGCCCCAGAGCAGUUAGCGAAAGGGACACUUUCCACCAUUGGUGAGCAGAGUGACUAUGAUGAAAGGAAUGAAUGAGUUUUACAAAAAAAGAUGGGGACAUCUUCAUGUUCCAGGAUAUUUAUUAUAAAUUCAGAAAUGUUGGAAGCUGACCUACAGGGCUCACUUAGUAUGAUGCAUUAUGUAAUGGGAAAGCCAUGCUUUGUUCAAACCAGACUCAGUUAAUUUCUGGUAAAGUAAAACAAUCUAGCUCACAAUGCAUAAAUUUUCUUCAUUUUAUCAUAUGUUUACAGCUGCAAGUUUUUCAUAUUUUGACAUUUUUAAUGACCAUGGAACAAUCGUAAUUUUCCUUAAUGCUGAGGAUUGCUACACAUGCAGUUUCUAUGGUCUUGUGUGCAGUGCCAUUAGCCGGACCCUCAGCUGCUGCAGGGAAACUCUUCUUGAGACAGCAGACUGGUCAAUUGUCAAACUAUUCUAAAAAUAAUCAAUUUAUAAGUGUGAAAAUACAAUUUUUCAACUUCAAGUAAAAAUAAAUGCUUUAGUACUAUAAGUUUUUCAUUGUUCAUGCUCUGUUAAAUGCUCUUUGUAAAAAUUUGUUCUUGAUGACAAGAAAACCUAUUCGUGUAUAAAACAUGGGUUUACAUACAAUAUAUAAAUGAGUGUGCAUUAUAUCUCUGGUAUUAAAAUUGUGGGGUGAUUAGGUCUAAGGGAGUGAUACUAAGAAAAGGCAGAGAAUCACUGGUUAGUGCAUAGAGUCUAAGUAAAUGUUUCGGCUGUUGUUUAAAUGUUAGUGUGAGAACAUGCAUGGGUGCCCUGUGUGGGGUGUCUUCUCCCUGCUGUUUGUCUCAAUGUUCUUACCAUUUGCCAUGGCUGCUAAACCAAGUUUGUUUUGUUCUUGUAAAUACAGUAUUUCAAUAAACUCUUAGCAAGUGAGAAUAUUUUGUAGCUAUUGAAGGUAAACACCCAUAACAAAUUGGAAGUGACUUGGGGAUCUGUUUUUGUCAUUCUGCUGUCUACAGUCGCCUGUUUUACUUGAUGGAAUGUUGUGUUCGGCUGCAGAAGUAAACAGUGCAUAAGCUGUGAUUUUUCCCUCGGGUGAUGGUCAGAAGUCCAGUUAGUUAAUCAGUUCUUAGAUCUGUUUUCAGAGCAAGGGCAAAGAAGAAGAAAUGAAC